GACGCAUCCGACCGCUCCGAUGCGAGCAAAAGCCCCGCUUUCACCUCCACCCUGAGUGACCAUCCGCAGUGAACAUCUAGAGGAGCGUCAGGCGAUGGAUGGAGCCGUGGAGCUCUGGAGUGUCUGUGUGUUUAUAUCUGAGCAGAUGUUUGCUGAUGUUCAUCAAAGUGCCUGUAUUGUGUCUUCAUCAACACAACUUCACGAAGAAUAAGAAACGCUCUGCUGCAGCCGGAUCACAGCAUCCAGACUGGACUGAACCGGAGCGGGCUGCAGUGUUGAGCUGAACACAUGGGAAUACUGAUUCCUGCUACAGUGCAAGAUGAGGAUGCUUUGAUGAAAAUGAGACGUCACAGGGUUUUCUUGAUUUGCACGGUGGGACUGUGUGUCAUUUCCUUCCUGCAUUACUACAAGGCUCUCCACUACGUGUCCCUGCUGAGGGAGUUGUCUGCACCUUACCCUAACAUCAAAUCCUUCAUCAUGGUCACUGGUUUCUUCUGGAAGGAGGGCACCACCCCGCUGUCCAGUGCGUCUCCGGAGGAAGGGCCUCCACUGGUCCACAGGCUGUCAGACAGCAAGCCCCGGGCCGGAGGAGGCCUGGAGCUCGACACCGGACAAGAACCUGAAGCACCACAGCCGUGGAAGAGACCUGAAGAUCCGCAGCGCUGGAGCUCGGGGACGACAGAGGUCCACAAGGGAGGUUUGAUCGCCUGGCAGCCCAGCAGCCCGACCAACCAGAGGCCCGACCCGCAGAGAGACGCUGCGGUCAGAGUUGCGGUGAACAAGCUUCAGCCGCGUCACGCCUCGACUCCAGACCCGCUGGAAACCCUGGGCGACCUGCACCGCCGCACCCACGUCCUCCAGAAUGACCGCACCCCUUAUUUCGUCCGCACCAAAGCAGGCGCUCUGUGCUUCCGUCAGGGCACGGAGGUGGCUCCGCCUAAAGACGAGACGUUGAAAGCGAGACCCAGCGUAGCUGGAAUCGGUCAGCGGAGAAUAUUGCAGAAGCCUGACGAGUCACACACUUCAGCAAAAUCAGUGGAGGAGUCCGGAGCCGCUCGAGGGAAGCCCAAGCGUGGCAAGCGGCUGGUGAAGUGCGUUUGUCGGCCGGGAUGGCACGGUCCUUACUGCGGAGUGCCCACUAUGGUGUACCACUCCAAUCUGCCCACGAAAGAGAGACUGACCCCCCGCGAGAUGCCUCGACGCGUCAUAAACGCCAUCAACGUGAACCACGAGUUUGACUUGUUGCACGUGCGCUUCCGCGAGCUCAUCCGGGCCGUGGAUCUCUUCCUUGUGUGCGAGUCCAACUUCACGGCGUACGGAGAGAGGCGUCCGCUGAGGUUCCUGCAUCUGCUGCUCAACGGAACGUACAAUUACGUGCGCCACAAGAUCCUCUAUGUCUUCCUGGACCAUUUCCCAGAGGGUGGCCGACAGGACGGAUGGAUCGCCGAUGACUACCUGCGCACGUUCCUGACUCGCGACGGCAUGGCGCGGAUCGCAGGCUUGCGGCCCGAUGAUGUUUUUCUAAUCAACGAUGCAGACGAAAUUCCAGCUCAGGAAGGAGUCCUUUUCCUUAAGCUUUUCGAUGGCUGGACGGAGCCUUUUGCCAUCCACAUGCGGAAGUCCCUGUACGGAUUUUUCUGGAAGCAGCUGGGCUCCCUCGAAGUGGUGUCCGGAUGCACCACCGGGAUGCUGAGGGACGUCUAUGACAAUGAUGGGAUUCGGCUCCGGCGGCGGGAGUACUACACCAUGCCGGGAUUCCGGAAGUACGAGAAUGACACCGGCCACAUCUUGGUGCAGUGGUCGAUUGGAAGUCCGUUCCAUUUCGCAGGCUGGCACUGCUCCUGGUGUUUCACGCCAGAGGGAAUUCACUUCAAACUCAUUUCGGCCCAGAAUGGGGACUUUCCUCGCUGGGGCGACUACGAGGACAAACGUGAUCUCAACUACAUAAGGGAGCUGAUCCGAACGGGGGGCUGGUUUGACGGCUCUGUGCAGGAGUACCCGCCCUCAGACCCUAAGGAGCACAUGUACGCCCCCAAAUACAUGUUGGAUAAUUACGAUCACUACCACUACUUGUUGGAGAACCCUUAUGCCAAGCAGUCCAAACCAGGAGGCGCGUAGAGCAGAAUGAGGGCCAAAUGUUUGUAAAGAUGGUUUGAUUGAAGACAGUAAGGAAUGGGAACAGAGAGGGAGAGAAGAGACAGCCGUCCUGUUCCUCUUUUUCCUCACUCUCAUUGGUCCCAGUAUCCAACACCGUCCAAUAGCUGAAGUCUUCAUGUGAACACAGGCCUUGCAGAGACCCAACAGAAAUC